AUGGCAUUUGGUAAUCGUGGAUCUCUAAUUGGACUACAGUUAAUAAUAACAGAUGAUUGUAAGGCAGAAAAAAUAGUAUUACAAAAUACUUGGAAACAUGCAACCUUACUUUUAUGUACCUUCUAUUUUUUGCAAGCAAUGUGGAGGUGGCUUUGGGAUGGCAAUCAUAAUAUCCAUAAAAAUGAUCGUGCAAUACUAAUUGAGCUUAUAAAAAAAUUAGUUUUUUCGAAAACAGAAGUUGCACUUAAUCAAGCAUACAUAGAAUUAACCAGUAGUCAAACCUAUUUAAAAUAUUAUAACUUCCAAAAUCAUUUUAAAAUUUCUUGGAGUCGUCAUUCUGAGUGGGCCAUUGCAUUUCGUCAGGGACUACUAGUCCGGAAUAAUAAUACCAAUAAUUAUGCGGAGGCUGGAAUUAGAAUUUUAAAGGAUAUUAUUUUUAAUCGAGUACAAACAUAUAAUGUCGUGCAGAUUUUUCAAUUUAUCAUAAACACAAUGGAUCUUUACUACGUUCGUAGAUUAUUAUCUGUAGCUCAUAACAAGUUAGAUAGUUUUAUAGCACUUCGUUUUAAAAUUACAGGAUGGCAAAUUGGGAUAAAAGAAGAUAUCGAAGUCGAGAACCUAGAUUCAAUGAUAUUUAGACAUAGGAGUAGUAAAGAUCAAAAUAUGUGGUAUCGUAUUGACAUGAGACUUGGAACUUGUGAAUGUGAUUUAACAGGAAGACCAUGUAAGCAUCAGGCUUCUGUAGCAAAGCACUUCCAUAUAUGUGGAUUAAAUCAGAUACCCACGAUGUCUGCAAGUAAACGAUAUUAUUAUGCUUAUUUGGCACUAGGCGAAAAACACAAGUCACUUAGUUUUUAUGCAGACCUUCAUCAGGAACAGAUUGAAAAGAAUGAACAUGCAAAUUUAAUAGAAAAUAAAGAGCUAACUGAUUUAGAGGAUCUCCUAAAACAAAACGUUUCUGAAUUGAAUAAUAGCAUUCAAAGAUUUAUAAAAUUAUAUAAAAAACAUCGGUCUAAAAAAGAUACUUAUAUUCUUCCAUCUGUUGUAUCCUUUUUUCAAACAUGUGAUAGAGAUACAGGUCGGACCAUGGGUAAUAGUCGUCGGCCUGGUAGAAAAAGAAUAUGGGUUCAAGUUGCUGCUACUUCACGAUGUAGAGAAGGUUCAAAACGUGGAAUCAAGAAGAUAUGUCAAGGAAGACCAAGAAAAAGAUCACAAAUUAGUAAUACUAAAACACAAGAAUUUGACUGCUUUAAUAUGCCAACACGAAAAAAAUACCAUAAAAAAAGUCCACAUAACUUGAGCAAAGCUUUAUCAGAAAAUCAACCUAAUGGUGCAAAAUAA